CCUGGAUCGAUACGGCGCGAGGUUGGAGCUGGUCUUGGCAGUCCCAACUUAGCGCGAUAUCGAAGGUAAGAGCUACCAGUACCGAGCUAUCGUCACCCCAGCUGCCUGCAAUAAAUACCAGCUUCCAUCCACCAAGCUCCUUAGUGCCUCGACGUCUCCGGCUUAUACGCCCCCAUCUUACUGCCAGCAAAUAUUCAGACAUUUGAACCUUGCACAACACCACGAACCCCACCUAAGCUCACUUCACCCCCGCAAGUCGCGCCUCCACCAUGUUCCGCAACAACUACGACAACGAUUCGGUGACGUUCUCACCGCAAGGCCGCAUAUUCCAAGUCGAAUAUGCACAAGAAGCCGUAAAGCAGGGUUCGGUCGUCGUCGGCAUCGUCAGCAAGACACACGCUGUGCUCGCAGCAGUCAAGCGUAAUGCAGAGGAACUUUCUUCGUACCAGAAGAAGGUCAUCCCUAUCGACUCGCACUUCGGUGUCGCCCUCGCCGGUCUCGCCUCCGACGCCCGUGUACUCUCCAACUUCAUGAAGCAGCAGUCGCUCGCCUCCCGUUUGACCUACGACCGAGCCAUUCCCCUUUCUGAGAUCGUAUCACGUAUUGCGGACCGCGCACAGACAAACACACAGCAGUACGGCAAGAGGCCAUAUGGUGUCGGGCUACUCAUUGCAGGUGUUGAUGCAAAGGGCCCUCACCUUUUCGAGUUCCAGCCCAGCGGUGUCACACAGGAGAUGGUUGCUUGCGGUAUCGGUGCCAGGAGUCAGAUGGCCAGGACGUACCUCGAGAGACACCUCGACGAGUUCGACAGUGCUAGCAGAGAAGAGCUCAUCAAGCACGCGUUGAGGGCACUCAAGGAGUCGCUGUCUCAGGACAAGGAACUCACAGUUGACAACACCAGUGUCGGAAUUGGCGGCAUUGGGGAGAACUUUGCGCUGCACGAGGGCCAGGAUAUUGCAGAGUGGCUGUCAACCACGUUCGAGAAUGCCGAGGGUGGCAACGAGGAGGGCGGUGAGGCUAUGGAGACAGACUUGUAGAGCAAGGACGAAAGUGAGGCUGCAUAUGAGGCGCGCUCGGACGAUCUGCAAGCUAGAGGGGACAUUGACUUCAGUAGGAGACCACUGGGCCGUUUUAAGACUAUGUAGAGACGGCUAUCUGCGCUCCAGCCGUCGUGGUAUACGAGUAACCAGCCACGAAAAUACGACGAACAUGACUUCAAGAUGCCAAUAAUUCUGAUGUUGUUCUUUGCGUGCAAAGGCAGCGAACCGCUCAUUUCC